AAGACAUCCAUGAAGGCCGCAGAGCCCAAUAACUUUGUAUUCUCCGAUAUCCCUUGGGUCUGGUUUCAACCUUACUUCCUUUCGUUCGUUCCCCUUACUCUGGUUUCCCCUUCAUGCUGUGUUUAGUCCUCCAUGAGUGGGCUGUUCUCCUCAUUUCUCUUUAAACCUGCCAUUCAACGAUCCCUCCGCCCGCCACGGCAGCCACACGCCCAACCGUCUCCCGACGAUGACCGACCAGAGACCAGUUCCGUAUCUUCAGGCAUAUCAUUUCCAGUGAACCCCAAUACAAGCAAUGUUAAGGGGACUAUAGCAAUGUCGGAUCAAGAGCAAAACAGACAUCUAAAAAGGGAGUCCUGCAGUGGUGACUAUGCGGGGUCCGAAAAUGACCUCUUGGGUCCGUCCACAUCAUCCCCGGCGAAAUUGAAGGACAAAUCUCCUGAUGCCGACAAUUCCUCUUCCUCGAAGCAUGCUGAGCUUGACUUGGGGAGCGCACCCCUGCAAUUCCCCUGUAAUCCCACCGAACUAGACCCCGCGAAUGUUUCGACUACUCCGGGACAUGAACUCCUGUCCGGUACAACACGGGGCGCAUCACUUCAAACCAAUUCAGAUGUCCAAGAAACCCAAGGACAGCCGCGCAGAAUAUCUGAGGUGGAUGAUGUGGGUGGGCAAACUUUGCUUCCCGAGGAUGAUGGAAUGGGCGCCUUGCGGAGAAGGAUACACGCUAUUCGAGAUCAGGGUUACACCACCACCGAACAAGCUCGCAUGAUCCACGAUUUAAUGACGGAAAAGUACAAUGCAUCUCGAGCUACCUUAGGCGAGGCUCUAUCGCCAGUUUCUCCCUCUUCUCCCAGUUCUCGAACGCUAGAACAGCCAGACACUCCAAAUUCUCGCUGGAGUGGCCACUCCUUCGAUCAGUUGUUUCCAUCCUCGGCCUCCACAACUACAAUUGUACAAAAUGAUAUUAUCCACAACCUAACAUCGGAUGAUCUAAAGCCGACUUUUCAUCCUAAGGCCGAACCAGAUCCGACCUUGGAUGAAUUGGAAGACAUAGAUGCUGAGGGGUUCGAGGAACUCUGCUUAGGAUGUCCACACUACAAAAGGAACGUUAAACUCCAGUGUUAUGCUUGCAAGAAAUGGUAUACCUGCCGAUUCUGUCACGAUGAGGUAGAAGAUCAUCACCUUGACCGACCCAAGACGGAGAACAUGCUAUGCAUGUUAUGUGGACAUGCUCAACCUGCGGCGCAAUUCUGUAAAUGGUGCGGCGAACAGGCAGCCCAGCAUUAUUGUGAUGUCUGUAAGCUUUGGGAUAACGAUGCUAAUAAAAGCAUUUACCAUUGCAACGAUUGUGGUAUCUGCCGGAUUGGCAAAGGUCUAGGGAAAGACUUUUUCCACUGCAAGACGUGCAGUGUUUGUUUACCUAUUUCAAUUGAGAAUACGCAUAGAUGUAUUGAGCGCUCAACCCAAUGUGAUUGCCCAAUAUGCGGUGAUUACAUGUUUACCUCUCCUGAGACGGUGGUUUUUAUGCGUUGUGGACAUAGCAUUCACCAACGAUGUCUCUCCGAGUACUCCAGAUCGUCAUACCGUUGCCCGAUCUGUAGCAAGACCAUCACAAACAUGGAAACGACAUUUCGGAAUUUAGAUCGCACAAUUCAAAGCCAACCCAUGCCAGCCGAAUUCAAGGGCACAAAGGCUUUGGUUUACUGUAAUGACUGUGGUGCCAAAUCGGUUGUCAAGUACCAUUGGCUUGGUCUAAGAUGUGAUGUGUGUGAAUCGUACAAUACCGCGCAGUUGCGUUUACUUCAAGGGGAUAUUCUAGAUAUCACAGAGCAGGAUAUCAGCGAGAGCCACAAUAUCCUGGCUUCUCGGGUCAGGUCAUCGUCCCAUGGUGCAGAUGCCGCAGUGCUGGCUUCUUUUGCAUCCAUGCAGAUUGACCCUAGCUCGGCACCGGGAUCAGGUGCACAUCCUCACCUCAGCUCCCCUUCAUCUGCUGAUCGGUCCGGCCAAAUUCCUUCGUAUAACCUGACUCGGGGUCGAGCCGUUUCGCCAGUUAUCAGCAACUAUUUUGGCAUUCCCACCGAUCGCGAAUCCGAAAGAUCUAGGUCUACAUCCUUUUUCGGAGGCAGGACACAGACAACUGACGGGAAUGAUGGUGAUGGAGAACUCCACUUUUGGGGUACUAAGAUAAAAUAUCGAUACGGAUUCCUAAGCAGGGGUAUCGACCCUGCUGACGAGGCCAUUGUCCCUGACGAAGAAGCGGACGAAGAAGAGGUAUCAGGAGAGAGCGAUUCCGACAACAGCAGUAACAACAAUAAGGAUGAGGAGGAAGAAGAAGAAGAAGAAGAAGAAGAAGAAGAUGAUGAUGAUGAUGAAGAGAGCAUCGACAUAUUUGGGCACCGAUAAUACAUAUCCAGGCGUUGAGGGCAAAUCUAUACAGACAUUACCUAUAUAUAGGUGCCAAUGCAGAUCGUCUCGCGUGAACAUGGCCGGGCCUAGGAGAUAUCAUCAUGAUGGAGUUGCGUUGGCAAUAGCUGGCAGGCCCACUUACAUAUAUAUGCCUUCAUCCACCAUUUUGGACCGGUUGGUGUUGGGGAUUUGAGGUGACUGUUUUCUUGAAACAAAUGCAUUAAUUGGCGUCGGAAAGGGGUGGGCUGGAGGAUAUUCGAGUUAGAAUCAUGAGAGGCGUGUACUACCACUACUUCUACUCACAUAAUAACAUAGCAUAUCUUAUCAUCAAUGGAGUCUCUCCACUAUAUUGGGUUCUGAAUACUGAGGAAGAUAUUGUUUCGGGAAGUGCAUAUAUACAAGUACCAUACAAUUCGAC